UCUUGGAUAUGGUUUCAUGAUCCUCUUUUCAGAGACUACCAUGCUACAGCACUUUCGGUUCUCCACUAAGGAAGACAUCCAGUGAUUUGUGUUGCUCUAUAGCUCACGAGUGUCGUUCAUUUGUUGUAUUGGGCAAGAAAUUUGGUUUUGCCUGAUGUCUAAGAGAGAGAUUUCUAAGAAAGGGAAGAGUUCCAAGGAUAACUUGCAUUAUCACUGGUGGUGAUCAUGUGGGUAUAUAAGUUCAAAUAGAGCCUGUGAGAGGGCCUACAUUGGCUAGAUAGUUUCCAUUGAUAACACUCAGUUCUCUACUCAAGUAACUGUCUAAGGCAAUAUGUGUCAGUCUCUGGUACGGCCAAGUUCCUCAGCAGCCCUUUGAAGGGAUUUUGAGUAAGAAAUGUUGUAAAGUCAUUACUAUGAUGGCUUUCUUUAGUAAUCAAGACCUAUUUUCUCCCAUUCAUUUUAUGAAUAUUAUUUCUGUCACAAGCCUACUCCCAGGUCAACUUUAAAUCAUCUUUUAUACAUGAAAAACUCUAGAAUUCUGUUAAUUUCCCCAAGGAAGUAGUAUCUUUAAAAUGAAAAGCAUCAAACUACAAAGAAAAAUGGUUACAUUAUUUCAGGAUAAAGCAUGUUCCCCAAGGCUUCAUUCUCAGGCCUUUCAGUGCCUGGCUUAGUGGUGUGAGCGACAGUUAGUCCCACAGGCCUCCUGCUGAGAUUUUACAUUAGGGCAAGAAAGAGGUUGUUCACCUGUCAUUCAGGAAGGAACAAAAUCAUUGUAAUCAUUUUGAGCUAUUUGUUCAAAAUGAAGUAGUUUUCCCCUAUAAAACGUUCUUUUGGAUUUAGAAAAAGAAAAUUGUGACAAUUAUAAAGUCCAAUUAUUUAAACCCAGCUGAUCAAUUUCAAUCUUAGGUAAAUUGGCUUAAGCAUGCACUCAUGAGAGAUCUAAAAGUCUGUCUCUACGCCUCAAAACCUCACCAAUGGCACAAUGGCUUAAUAGUUCAUUUGAUGCUAUAGAAAGUAGGACACAUUUGGUUUCUGUCCUUAGGCUCUGUGUGACCUGAGGCAAGUCUAAGUGUACUUAGGCCAGGGCAUAUCUGAAAUUUUCCAUCUGUGUUGCUGUCUUCAUAAAUAUUUUUGAAAUUUUUAAAAAUCAGUAUAGACACAUUGAGGUUCUCUGACAACAGGGCCCCCACAUCUUUAUCAUUCUGUUAGGUCUAGCCAGACACUACAGUUUUUUGUUUUUCCCUCGAGUAACACUAAGAAGCACAUUUCUAACAAACAAAACACAGUGGACAGUUUGAAGUAAAAUUGUUUAAACUUCAGGAAUUCUUAUUGAAAAAUCACCUCCCUUGCAUAUUCUAGUGAGAUGAGGUCCCACACUUUGUGUGAGUAGCAUGUUAGUGGAGGUAUCUAAACGAAAUGAUAGUCACUGAAGUCACUCUUCUCUACCCUGUCAUAAGAACUGGGCAGAGAUCACCUGGGAAGCCAAUGUCUCUUAAUCUAGGCCUGCUACUAUUACUCGUUACUAGAAACCCUUAUAAAUGGAAUUAUUUCAGAGAACUCUGGGCAGCAACUGCUGGGGUUAGCAUCCUACCAGCGAUGUUGCCAAUCUCAACUGUAUAAAGAUCAAAUACAAUGUUAUUUUUAAAGCAUUUUGAAGCUUAGGUAGUGUAACAAUGUAUUGUACAUAGAGAUUUCAUUCUGUAUCAGAUAAAAUAACCUUGGAAGUUGAAAAUUGAGGUAGGGUCUGCCAAACCUGCUUAAAAGGCCCUUCAUUCAUUCAAUGACUCAGCGAAAUCUUUGUGUGUUGAAUGUUGACCAGAUACAAAGAGUCAUUAACAGGCAGGAAGCAGAGGACUACUUUCAGGGAUUAUAGGAAAUGUGUGUGUGUGUGUGUGUGUGUGUGUGUGUGUGUGUGCUCACACGUGCCACACAGCAUGUGUGUGGAGGUCAGAGGACACCUCAAGAGAAUCAGUUCUCUUACUCUAUUUUGUGAGACCCUAGAAUGGAACUCAGAUCAUCAAAAUUGACAGCAGCCUCUCCCCACUGAGCCAUCUCACCAGCCCUAAAUUAGAUUUUUUUUUUUUAGCUUGGGAAUAACACUAUGAUUAUCUGAUUUAAAUUUUCCUUUUACUGAGACUCAAAUGCUAAUACUGGCUCCCACGCACUUUGUCUCAACGCUCUGUAUUUAUUGCUUAACUUCCCUGUGAAAGUUUUGUGUGUGUGUGUUUAACUUCAUCUCAUCUAAGACACUGGUUUUCCUUGAACUCUCAUAGGGCUGCCACCUUCCUCAAGGGAACACAGCAUAGCUGAAUUUUAAUCCCUUAGAAGGGUGACUUCAGCUGUGAAAGUUUUAGCUAAGAUUUUAAUGACCAGGUUUAAGAAAAUGUAACAGAACAGCAGGUGUCCCAAUUACAUUCACCAUUAAAAGGCUUUUUGUGAGGAUUUAAACAUCAUUAUUAAAACUAUUGUCUGCGCUGUGCUAUACCUCAUCAUUCACCAGCAGGGAGGAUUUCGGUGUCCCAGAAAAAAAAAUCAUAUAAAAAGGAAGCCAGGAAAGCAGAAACAUUGCAGCACUCAACUCACCAAAGGAAGUUUGGUAUCUCUUUGGCUUUCAUUUCCCAACAGGUAAAAUUGUACUUCUAGCACUAUUUUUAAUGUUGCUUGUUUUGUAUGUCCGAAGGGUAUUUUGCACUCAAGGGUCAAGUCUAGAUGUUAUGGUAUCCAAGGGAAGCCUUGCCCUUCAUUGACUGACCUUGUCAACCACCAGCCUUUGGUGGAGAUCCAAUCUUGGUGGAACCCAGCAUGGCCCAGUGUUGGACACUAAUUUUGGCUUCUUCCCCAUCAGAUGAAAUUAAUUUAGAGGCACAUUUUAUCAAUUAACUCUAGGCUUACUAGGCAAGAGGGGUAUCUGAGCUAGGUAUCUCCACCUAGAUCAGUUCUUGGUCUUGAAGCUGGUCUGGCCAGCUGUAAUGCCCUAAAGACUAGAUGUCAGCAAUGCCACAGGGUUGCCAUUUAAAGUCAAGCAACCUGUUAUUAACCAGAGACAUCUAGGGGGAGCUGCUUUUUCAGAGCAGAUGGCCCAAUUCUAAUCUCAUGAAUGACAAAGAUGAGAACGAGGAGGGUUACAGGCAAAGUGAAUUUGAUAAGGGAUGAAUUAUGGGUUUCAGAUAACCAACCAAACAAAACUAAAAAUGGACUACAUUACCAAAAAAAAAAAAAAAAAAAACCCGCAGAAGAUGCCAGAAUCAAGUACAGGGGUUUGUCCCCAAGGUCUACGGAGCUCAAGACAGGCAGGUGUCCCUGUGUUUCAUUGUCUUCAUGAAAUACCUACCAGCUGCAUGACUUCCUCUGCAGCUUCUGGAGGGUCAGUGGUCCAGAUUCUUGUCUCUUUACUAAGCACUCCUUGUUCUCCUUCAGUCUGGGUCUGUCAUGAUGGUGUCUUGAUGUCCCUUAGAGUGGAGAUGAUCCCCAAACUUACAGCUGUUGUUGUUCUGCUGAGCCUCUGUUUGGAAGGCUGCUCCAGCCAGCACUGGUCCUAUGGAUUGCGCCCUGGAGGAAAGAGAAACGCUGAACACUUGAGUGAUUCUUUCCAAGAGAUGGGCAAAGAGGUGGAUCAGCUAGCAGAACCCCAGCACUUCGAAUGCACUGUCCGCUGGCCUCGUUCGCCUCUCAGGGACCUUCGAGGAGCUCUGGAAAGUCUGAUUGAAGAGGAAACCAGGCAGAAGAAGAUGUAAAUGCAUUGGCCCCAAAGGAUCCACAACACCCAAGUGUAAUGUGGACAUUGAAAUUUGUGACCUGAUAUAGAUCUGUAAUUGUGUGGGUUUCAGCAUUUCUGUGCCCAGUAGCAUGUAUUUCAUAAUAAAGUGAUGUGUUGUGGAUCAAGUCCUGUAAAUGUGA